AGGCAAUUAUUAAUCAAUUAUUUUUCUGAAUAUUCAGAGAGAAAAUGACAGAGAACGGAGAUAAACCGAGUAGCUACCACACAGGGGUUGGGAGCACUCUGACUGGUAUAAAGUUAAAACGGAUUCUCAUGGACUGCGCUGAGAAGAAAUGCAUCUUCAUAGAGGCUGAGGUUGAGAAUUCUCCAGACCCAGCAAUUAUCAUCCUGGAUAAACUUCCUUUCACUGAGGAUACUCUGCAGGGGAUUAUAUCUGGAUCUACUAGUCUGGAAACUGUUCUACAGAACGAUAUAUAUGGACAGUAUAGGCUUCUACCAGAUCCCCAGCACAAUGAAGUGAAGGCAAAUAUUAUCCAUCCUGCUACACAGAAACAUAUUGACAAGUAUACUACUUCACCCCCUCAUCUAGUUUACGAAACUGCUGAAUUAUAUCACGGUGUGACACUGCCCUUUAUUGAGAAGGAGAAGUUUUCAGUCAGCUGGGUUUACAACUUCCUAGAUCAUAAGAGUGAGACUGAUCGUGUGAUUUAUGAGAACUCUGAUCCUAUAAACGGGUUUAUGAUGGCUCCAGAUUUCAAGUGGAACGGGAAACAGAUUGAAGAUCUGUACUGCCUAGCUAUUGUACACAGGAGGGAUGUUAAAUCUCUCAGGGAUUUAUCGAAUGUCCAUCUGCCCAUGCUUUACAAUCUACAGAAGGAAGGAAAGAAGGCAAUAUCAGACAAAUAUGGAUUACCAUCUUCACAGAUUAGGGCAUAUGUUCACUACCAGCCCUCCUAUUAUCAUUUUCAUGUUCACUACACUAACCUUGCCUUUACACCACCAGGCGUAAACGCUGAGAAGAGUCACAUGCUCGAAACCGUUAUCAGUAACCUGGAGAAUAAUCCCAGUUUCUACCAGGAGGCCACCCUCAGCUUCGUAGUCAGGGAGAAGGAGAAGCUAUUCAAAACCUACCAGGAGUUCGGAUACUUUAAGGAGAGUGUGAAGACUGUUGAGUUUAUGGAUCUUGAGUUCGAGGAAGAUGAUGGUAGGAAGGUUCUAAACUUUCUCCAGAUGAUAGGAAAGGCUAAACAUGAACCCAGCGGUGAAAUAUGGGAGACGACCUACGGUGAAUCUUCGUGGAGGAUGGCAAUACUGUGCAUGUGUCUUCCAUCAUCUGUUAAUAGGAAUAAGCUUGUACAGCUCUCCCUAGUGUCUAGCCUGUCCAGCCUAGGCUCCUGUAACGACGAGAACACGGAGUGGGACACCAAGCUUCAAGAAGUCAAAACUAUUCUCAGAGAGUUCCUGCCACCGUUAGUUGCUGGAAAGCUAGCCGCUCUGUUUACUGAGCACGCUGAGAUCCGACGAGGCCGGCUGGUCAGCUCAAUAGAACACCAGCUAUACAGGGGGAUCAUGGAACUUGAAGAAAUUAUUCUCAGGUGGGAGGAAGAGAAGAAAUCCUGUCCUGAUUUAUCUAAGGCCUCCAUUUUGAAAAAGAUGGCGGAGCUUCAGUUCCCUGGAUCCACGCGUUUUAACGAGUUUAAGGACCCUCUUCUCCUGGAGAAAUCUCUCAACUUUAUUCUGGAGAUAUCAACUCUACAGAAACUCAAGAGAACCGGAUGGGUCAACUGUCAGGUUCGUGAACCUGAGACUGUAGCGUCCCAUAUGUUCCGAAUGGGGUUCAUGGGGGUUAUGUUCUCGCACAAGGAAAGCACCCGCGCUGCUGAUGCUUGCAUAAUCUCUAUAAUGCACGAUAUGGCGGAGUGUAGAAUCGGAGACAUCACUCCACACUGUAAGGUUCCUGCUGAGGAGAAGAAGAAAAAGGAGAUGCUAGCCUUCACAGGGCUCAUUGAGAACCUACCUGAGAGUACAGGGAUGGAUCUACUCAUCCCUUUCAGGAGAUACGAGAACCAAACUCCUGGAGACCUGAACGCAAUUCUCACCAAGGAUUUUGAUAAGUUUGAUAUGAUUCUUCAGGCGUUCGAGUAUGAGAAGAGAGAGAAGAGAGGCAAGUUCCUUCAGCAGUUCUUCGACUCAACACAGACCGUGUUUGAAACUACAGCUGUUAAGAAAUGGCAGAAAACACUUCUUGAGAUGAGAGAAGAGUUUUUUAACCAGGAGCUUUAGUCGGAGUUCUUUAACCAGGAGCUUUAGUCGGAGUUCUUUAACCAAGAGCUUUAGUCGGAGUUCUUUCACAGAGUUCUUUAACCAGGAUCUUUAGUUGGAGUUCUUUAACCAGGAGCUUUAGUCGGAGUUCUUUAACCAGGAGCUUUAGUCGGAGUUCUUUAACAGAGUUCUUGAACUCCAUGAGUUCUCUCAACUCAUGAAUGCUCUCAAUUUAGAAAGCCCUUGUUUAAGUAAACCAAACCUUCUAUGGUGUGAUUUCUUUUAAAUCAGGAACACGUAUUUUAA